AUGUCAAGAAUUCCGUCUGCGUCAGAGAAUACCCUGUCGGAUUCCUUGGUGACACCUCCUGCUGCGUCUGCCCAACAUGAUUGCUCUGGAGAGCCCGAUCGUCCCCAUGGCAAGCAGCGGCGCCACCACCACGGCCGCAACCACAUCCACCACCACAGCCAUCACCCCCGGGACCAGCUCAUACAUGAAGAUAUCCAACAAGCUCCUUCCCCGUCCCGCGCCGAAUCCCCCACGGCUCGUCAAUGGGCCAAACCCUCGUCUGCCUUCCCUCUAAAAAGGUCGUCGAUCACCUCGCCCGAAAAGCUCGCUCGCUCGGAUCUGUCUCACAGCCCCCAGUUGUCUGAGCGGGAUAGCAUCUUCGCAACCCAUUAUCUGCCUUCUGAUAACGAGUCCAGUGCCACACCGCAACUUCCGGCCGUGGAGGACGUAAACAAUGAGCCGCCGAACAAUUUGAACCUGGAACCUGAAAAUGUGUCUGCUGCUCCUGCCGUUUCUCCUUCCAAGGUCCUCCCCCAUGGUAGUCACGUCGACCUCUCCCACAUGGAAGUUGACGUCCGCAGAAACCAUUCUUUGCGUUCGCCGCCAGUGCUCCCGUCGGCGAUCCCCUCGCACUCUUCAUCUUUAGCUGCGAUCGGCUCCAACCCGAACUUGGAGAAAUGCCCCGAGACGGCGUACGAGAAAUCGCGGGUUGUUCCUGGGUGGGAGAGUUUUUCACCCCUUCGCAAAUUUUCGUCUGAUGGCGCGGGUGCCAAGCCCUCUCUCUCGGGGUCGCCGUCCCGUCGCAGUCUAAUCUCUGCCUCUUUCAGUGAUGCCUCCAUACUUUCUCCUCCGCCGAUGGUUCCCCCCUUCGAGAACCAGCCCACACCUACCGAUACGGAUACGGCUGUCCAGCAAUGGACGGAGCAAGGCCCCGGGGACCAUCUACCCGGCGCGCAAAUCGAGCGAAGUUCGAGCCGGAGUCGGCGUGGUCGGGUAGACCAGUCCAUCGAGGCGAAUCUCGCCAACGCGGAGCCGGCUUCCCACGUGCGCAGCCGUAAGUCAAGUCACUAUCUGGGGUUGUUCAAGGAGAAUACCACUUCACCGGACCGCAAGCGGAGAGAAGACCGAGGAAGAAAGCAGGACGAGCAACAGCCUGAGCCGCAGGAUAAGCAGGUUGCGGCCCUGCAUUCGCAACCUCGCCCGGUUCCAGAGCGAUCCGACAUUCAACCCCAGCUUCCGCAACUGGUUGAGGAUCAUGGCCUGCGCAGCUCAAAGAGUCUGUCACAACUCUCGUUUACCGACGUUCCGCUCAUAACCCCUCCCCUGGACAACGCGCCAGACUCUCAGCAGCAUACAGUCGAUGAUGUUUGCAAGCGCCCAUACAAGGCUCUCCCUCGCAGCUUGCUCGAGGAAAUCCGAAACUUUCACCUGACCCCGGGUGGUGCACGCGGUACUUCAUUCUCAAGGAGUAUACCCACGCAGUACGCGGAGGGCGGCAGGGACUAUCUCUCUUCCAAGGAUACUGCGCAUUUGAGCGGGCUCUCCCCUUUGUCGGAUACCGAUCAAGAACAACGGCGUGGCUCGGCUCAGUUCGAGGACGAGGAGGACGAACAGAUCUCCUCCGCCGUAUACUUCCCACACGAACGCGUCACAGUUUCUGAUGAAGUUGAUCAAGUGCAACCUUUCCCGCAAGGUCAACGCGGCAUAGAGACAUUUGAUGUACCGACGAAGAGUAGCCACGUUCUAGUGCCCAAGAGACAUAAAGUAUCUGAUGAGCAGGAAGCUCAUCAUGUUGAUAUAUCUCUUCGAUCUAAAAAUGAGAGUAAAUACCUGCACGGCGACCUACAAGACAUACAGGCCCCACCACUAGAAGAACUAAAUGAAAAGUCUCUUAGUGCCAUCUCGGAAGUGGAAUCCUCCACGGGCGGAUCGGAUGCUGGCUCUGUGGAUGAUAGUGGAUUGUCGGCUCCAGAUGAGGAGUCGAGCGUGGCGGAUGAUGCCGAAAUGACACCGACAGCUACUCCAACCCAGCGCCAACGGCUUCCGCGUCCGCGCCGAAAGCAUGACUCCAACGCACCUCUCGGAGCAGUGGAAUUGAAACCCUACCGUCAUCAAGUGGGGGGUCAUACAACGGUGUUUCGGUUCUCUAGGCGUGCCGUGUGCAAACAGCUGAACAACAGAGAAAAUGAGUUUUAUGAGCGUAUUGAACGCAGGCAUCCCGAAAUGCUCAUGUUUCUACCAAGGUAUAUCGGUGUGCUAAAUGUGACUUUUUCUAAAACACCAAAGCGGAGCAAGACCGAUCAGGAGGCCCAAAUUGAGCAUGGCAAUACCAAUGGACACGCUGCGAACCACUCGGGUGAGGUUGUCGCAAGUGAUCCUCCGCCAGUUAGUGAGUUGCGAGUGUCGGAGGUUGUGGAGCAGCCUCGCAUUGUCAGCCAAAGCCAGGUUACUGGGAUCAUUCCCAAAGUGAUCUUGGAGAACAACCGUCACAUUAUUCCAGCCGACCUCUUUUCACGUCCGCAGAGGCCGAAGACAUCUGAUGGCACGAUGUCUACUAGGAACGGUGCUGGAACACUCGGUGGUGACAGAUAUAUGAUGGUUGGCUCUAUGGACGACGAAUCUUCCAUCCAGGCCGUCAAGAAGCCCAAAAUUAGCUGGGGGGCUACCACCGUGAAUAGGAAGCUGCAGGAGCAGGUUCUGCGGGAGGUUUUCAGCCCCCCUGCCAUCCACCACCACCGGCGCCAUGCUCGAGGACAUUUCACGCUACCGAGAACGUCUUCGGAUGGUGUCCGACGAAGGGCCAAUCUUUCGGAAGAUCAAACCGCCAGCAGUCGUCGAAUCGCGCCGGUACCGACAGAGCCACCGCGGUCUGCAGCCAUCGACAUUACAAAGAAAUCCAAUGAUGGCCCCGGAUUGUCCUCAUCGGCGUCCACCGCCUUAGACUCGAAUAAGAACCGCCUUGAGAAAGUCCGGACGGAAGAAUCCCAGCCGCGCUCAAGCUCGGUGUCGCGGACUCGCCAGGUCAGGCGACGCCAUUCUGGCAGUGGCUUGCAGAGACGAGGCAGUAUGAGUCCCGGCAAAGAUGGCCGCAACGGCGGAGAUCUGAUCUUUUUCGAAGAUGACGGGUAUGGCGGCGAUAAGGAAGAUGGUAUAUUCUCUAUGGAGGGUGAUGCUUCGAUGCCAUCGGCAGAUCCUUGCUAUCGUGCGAAAGUGUCGCCAUCAUCUACCCCGAAAAACAACACGAACGGUGUCACACAUCUGUCAGAGCGGCCGGCAGACCACUCGCCUUCAAAAGAGCUUAUACUCUCUCCAAGAAAGGAGGAUAAUCGCUUCCGGCUUCCCACCAACCCCAAAGAGGCACAGACACGAAAGGACGAAAGAGUCCAGUUCUUCCUAUUGUUGGAAGAUCUCACCGCUGGAAUGAACAAGCCCUGCGUGCUAGAUUUGAAGAUGGGCACUCGUCAGUACGGUAUCGAAGCCAACGAGAAGAAGAAGAAAUCCCAGCGACGAAAGUGUCAAUCCACGACUUCUCAACAGCUUGGAGUCCGGCUUUGCGGUAUGCAGACCUGGAAUGUAAAGAAGCAAGAGUACUCUUUUGAAGAUAAAUACUUCGGUCGCGAUUUGAAAUCCGGGCGGGAGUUCCAGGACGCCCUGACACGUUUUCUCUACGACGGUAGCAGUUACACAAGCGUGGCAAGGAAAAUCCCCGUCAUCCUGGAGAAGUUGGCCACGCUGGAAAACAUGAUCCGACGCCUUCGGCGAUACCGUCUUUACGCCAGCAGUCUUCUGAUCCUCUAUGAUGGUGAACAGAACACGCCCGACGCCGACGCCCGUGCGGACAGUCAACGACAUUCUCCUCAGCGUCGGGCCACGGACGACGGCCAUAACAAUAUUGACGUGCAAUUAAAGAUCGUUGAUUUCGCAAAUUGCGUCACGGGCGAGGAUGAAAUCCCCCCGGAUACACCUUGCCCGCCUAAGCAUCCAGAUGAUAUCGACCGUGGCUACCUUCGUGGACUUCGGACAUUGCGGAUGUACUUCCAACGUAUUAUGAAAGAGGUCAGUCAAGACGAAUUCAUCGAGAGAGGCGAAGGCGAGACCAUUGCCUUGAGGUCCCAGGUGUCUGGCCACGACAAAUCUUCGGAUCGAUACUGGGAUGAAGGAGUGGUGGAGAGUGAUCCUGGUGAAGUCAGCUUCUAG